CAAAUACUGUGAGAAGCAAACAUACAAACAUGAAGCCAAGAUAGGAGAGCUGCUUGUAUUUAGAAUGUAAAAAUAGAAUAUCUAUUAGUAUUUGAAAAACUAUAUGAUUAAAUAGUUAACCCACAUACUCAUAUUAGGUUGUUUUCUGUGAUUUAAGAGCUUGAAAGUUCAAAUGGCAUCAAAGUCAGAUGCCAUGUGAUUUUUUAACCCAUCCCUCUCCAAUUUUUGACCCUCCAAAGUAAAAAUACUCUAGGUGUAGUCAUAUAACUUGACCACACUUAUGUGUAAAAUAAAAAAUGUGCUUUUUGAUUAAUAAAUUAUUGUUGUUUUUUCCAUCGCCAAAAAAAGAUAACAAACACUAAAAAAAUUGAGCUUUUUGAUUAUUUUUUUUAAAACUAACAAGCAUAAAGCGAUACAUUUUUAUACUUGCAUUUCUCAGAUAGAUAGAUGACUCUAUGUUUGUGUAUAUCGGAAACUAUAAUUCGAGGUACUAAUUUGAGUCAGUUACAGCGGAGUGCACGUUCGUCAACGUUAACAUUACUUUGAAAAAAAGUUGUCCGGAAGCGUCAUGUCACGACGUUACCUUGACUCCCGCCCGCUCAGUAGUGCGCUGAUCAGCAUUAAGAGGACACCUUUUUUUUUCAGUGAAGUUGGGAGUUCAACUUUAAAGCGAAGCAUAACAUACUCUGGCGCAGUUAGCUAGUCAGCAGUUAGCUUAAUAAAGCGCUACUUAGCAUCUGUCAGUGAUGAGCAGCAGUGUUUGGAUCAUCGUGAUGGCACGUCUUCUCCUGUUGGGCUCCAGAGUUCACGGACAGGAGACGCCCCCCCGCAUUGUGCACCACCCGGCAGACGUGGUGGUGAAGAUGGGGAAUCCUGCCACGCUCUCCUGCCGGGCGGACGGCAGCCCCGUGCCGACCAUCGAGUGGCUGCACAACGGGCGGCCUCUGGAGACGGCCCAGGGGGAGGGACAGCUGCAGCCCAUCGUCUUAUCAGAGGGGAGCAUCUUCUUCUUGAGCGUGGGGGGAGGCAGGCGGGGUCAGUCGCACGAGGGCGUCUACACCUGUGUAGCCAGGAGCAGCGCCGGCAUGGCCAGCAGCCGCAAUGCUUCCUUGUACAUCGCAGUGUUGCAGGAGGAGUUCGCUUUGCAGCCCAGUGACGUGGAGGUAGCAGAGGGGGAGGUGGCUGUCUUAUACUGUGGUCCCCCAAUUGGACACCCUGAACCGAAUGUCAUCUGGAAGAAAAAUGGCUUUCCCAUCAACAGCACUGACCACCACUACACAGAACUGAGUGGGAAGCUCAUCAUCGCUCCUGCGGAGAAGAACUACUCUGGUGCUUACGUGUGCGUGGCCACCAACACCGGGGGAGUGAGGGAGAGCAGGGCGGCGCGCCUCUCCGUGCUGGCCAAGCCGGUGUUGGUGAUGAAGCCGCAAAACGUGUCUGUGCGAAUGGGGGAGUCGGCCCAGUUCUACUGCCAGGCUAAAGGUGACCCCCCGCCUGCUGUGGUCUGGAGCAGAGAGCAGGGGCCACUGCCCAACGGCAGAUAUCUUGAAAACCCAGACCACACCCUCCAGAUCCACUACGUGACGGCCCAGGAUGCUGGGAGGUACACGUGCACUGCGGUCAAUGAUGCCGGUGUGGCCAGUGGCAGCGCGCAGCUACUAGUUGAAGAGGCCAGCAGCAGUAAACAGAGAGACCUGCACAAAGAGCUGUCAGCCCUACGAGUUGCUCUGGACAACGUGACCAUCAUGGCCCCCGGGUCUAACAUGUCGCGAGUACAAUGGAAGCUCGAGUCCCUCCCGGCCCAGCCCCACUACCUCGACGGCUUCGAGGUGCUCUUUCGCUCUCUGCUGCCCGCCAGCUCCGACUGGACAGCCAAGACGGUGUCCCUGCCCACUUUCCAGGCUCCGGUGGGCCCCUUAAAGAGAGGCUACAUGUACGAGUUCAAAGUGCGGCCCUAUGGCAGUAGCUUGUACGGGAGGGAGAGCAACACCCGGCACCUCAGGGUCCCUGAGACAGUGCCCAGUGCCUCUCCGCUGGCUGUGUCCAUAACAGUGAGCCACGAGCAGAAUAACACCAUGUAUUUGAGCUGGGGGCCUCCGCCUCACGAAACCCACAACGGCAUCAUACAGGGAUACCAGGUGUUCUGUGUGGAGUCUGAGGGGCAGCAGUACCAAAACUGGACAGUGAACAGCGGCCAACACAACCUCAAAAUCUCCACCGUCAAACCAGGGAGACGUUAUUGGGUUACCAUAGCCGCUGUCAACGGGGCCGGAGUGGGAGCGCUCAGCGACCCUCAUGGAUUUGUCAUAAACCCACAAAUGGGCAACGCCCCCGCAUCAGACGGCCAGAGGCGGGAUCUGUCCCUGGUCCUGGCCCUGCUUCAAGACCCGGUGUUGAUCGGCAUCAUCGGCGUCCUUUUGUUCUGCGCUUUGAUGGUUGCGGCUGUCUACCUCUUCAGACGCCACGGCAGGACAGGCCCCCUGAUGCCAGCACGAGGCAGGGCUAAAGGUUUGCGCAGACUAGCCAGUGAAGAUCUCAUCAUAAAACACAGGAUGGCUGCUCCAGACUCCCCAUGGAUCUCUGGAGGCUGGAGACCUGCCCUCAACCCGAAGUAUCAGGACUUAUGGGCCCACGGUCAGAAACAUCCAGGACUCAGGGGCACCAGCCUCCCAGCCUCCUACAAAGACCACAGUUGCGUGGACUCGGCCGUCCCCAUCGUGGCCGACAGCUGCGGCGUUUAUGGCACUUUCUACGUGGACCUGAUGGCCAGCGGCCUCAAGACCUUCAACAGCCCCGGUUGUCGCCCCAAGAUGCCCCAUUGUCUUCCCCAUCACCAAGGAGCAGAGACCAUCCAGAUAUUCCCCCAGCCUGUCGCCAAGACCCCGCCCCUCAGCAGCCGAGAGGCGCUGCCAUGGAAACAGGCCAUACGGCCCCAGCCCAAGAUGGGCGUGCUCAGGGAGACGUGGGAAAAAAGCCACAGCAAGCAAGAGUUGCAUGCAGUGAACAGCGUGCCCGUAGUGCCAACCAGGAGCCGGGCCUGUCCAUCCGGACACUACAAACAGAGACUCAGUCACGUACCAUCAGGCCGGCUUGAGUGCGAUCAAGUCACCGGCUGCCCUCGCCUGCUGCAUUACUCUGCAUCGUUACACCUAGUGGACAUGCUGCCCCCCCCAGCACCAAUGCCCAUGGAAGACACCGUGGACACAUACAGCCUCACCUCAGAUGAAGGCUCCAGCUGGUCUACAAAGCUCACAGGGGACACGGACUCUCUCAAGUCAGUGCCAGGUCACCGUUGGCAACCACAAGCCACCGACCACAGCUGCCCCUCCUGUACUCACCGCUCUACUACGUCGUAUUCCACGUCGGGGGACGGAGAAAGGGGGGGCACGCUGACGCCACAGGAUGCCGCCCAGUAUCUGGAACUUUGCCCGAGACCUGAGAGAUGCAGCAGCGCACUGCCUGAGCGCCACCCCUCCCCGCCCCACUCCUUCUCCUCCGCCCUGGGCUUCAUGCGUGACCCAGUCGGCUCGGCUCGGGCAGAUGGGGACUCUGCCAUCGGGGAGUGCGAGUACCUGCCGAUCGGCUUGAGACACGCCCGCCUCCGCAGCACGCCCUCCUCCUGCUACAGCGAAUGGGACAGCUCGCCGUGGCACACCUGGAGCUCCGUCACAGACAGCAACAUGGCCAGCGCUCGCACCAGCCUCAUCAGCUCCGUGGACAGCUGCUACACGGACGACAGCGCACACCUGGCACGCCUGCUGGCCGCGGCGGAGAGCCUGAGUGGAGCGUCUCUGUCAGACUUCUCCCCGCCUGCCUCCCCCCUCAGCGCUCUGUAUCCGGCCUUCUUUGGGGGGGGCACCCAGCUGGGCGAGCCGGAGCCGGUUCCUGCGUGGGACUGGAGCUCGGCCUGGGUGAAGGAGAUGGAGGCUCGGUGCAGGGCCCCCCGCCCCGGCACCAUCAGCAGACCCUUCGACGCUAAGGGGACGGAACGAGCGACUCACACACCUUAUUUAGAUGAAAGAGAUUAACUUCCCAGUCAAGAAUAGACAAAUAUCUGUUUUUGGAAUAUAAUUGGUGCCAGCUCGGUGAUGUUUGAGACAUGACUGCUUGUAGAUGUCUGAAACUGUUUUCACGAUUUACCUCAGGGCAUUCCAGCUAUUUUACACUUUAAAUGACCAUAGCAUUCCAUCCAUCUCUAAAGUUGCCUUUCCUCUCCAUAUCCUCUCUGCUCAUUAGUAAGCACAAUAAUGAAAGUCUUCCCUCGGAAGCUUCUUACGCAGUGUGUUUUGAAAAGCGCCAGAAGACACAAAGACAUGAUGACAAAGCACGCGCUUCAUAUUUCACGUUUGUUCCCAGGUUUUAUCGAGGCCUGAGUCCUACAAAAUACAGCUUUUGCUUAUCAAGUGUAUAUAUUCUGCGUAUUCAGCAAAUGUUAUUUAAAGAAUCUAAAACGCAUUCCAAAACAUUUUUUUCCAGGUUAUUUUGGGUGCUUCCAUUCUAUUAUAUUUUUUUGAUUUUUUUUACUUUAUAUGCUAUGUUUGUAUCAGAUUAGCAGGAGUAGAAAAAGUCCUCUUUUCAUAAUAUAAAUGAGCUAACUUGAGGUUUGACCUUUAAAUAACUUUAACUUUGGGAACAUUCAACAAAAUAUAUUGUACACGUUAUGCUGCAUUGAUUAGUCUUUGCAUGCUUAAUGAUGUUUGAAAUAGAAAUUUACUAAAGACGGUAGGUUAGAUUUACAGACGUUUACAUUUUUUUGAAUUUGUGUUUUUUUUCCUAUUACAGAUGUAUUUUAUUUUUUUCAAGAAGAUCUUUGAAUAUAUUGAGAUAAACUUUUACAUUUAGAGUGUGGUCUGUGGAAUAAAAGUUCCUGUUACGUUACAUGUUAUCUGCAACAUUAUUCUACUGAAAUCAAACUUAUUUUCCCUAUUUUCCAUCUCUUAUGUUAUUGUGCCAAACUUUAAAAAAAACGUCAUACAUGCUG